CAUCUACUCUUCUGACUCCAUUCAAGCCACGAUGAACUACGGAUCUGAAGUGUACUCCUCUUCCUCCUACCGAAGGAUCUUCGGGGAAUCUCCCCGCUAUGCGUCCUCACCAUCUCGGACAGCCAUGAGCGGCUCCUCCUCGCGGGCAGGCUACCGAGCCUCCUCCGCACCCCGGAGCAACGUUUCAUCCGCGUACACCCGAAAGUCCGGACGCGCCUAUUCGUCCAUGCCUCUGGAUACCUUCGACUUGGCCCAGAGCAGCGUCCUCAAUAAUGAGUUCAAAAUUGUACGCACCAAUGAAAAGGAGCAAAUGCAGGGUCUCAAUGACCGCUUUGCCAUGUUCAUCGAGAAAGUGCGCAACUUGGAGCAACAGAAUAAAGUGCUGGAGACUGAGCUGGUGGCCCUGCGCCAGAGGCAGGCGGAACCAUCCCGCCUCGCCGAGCUGUACCAGCAGGAGAUCCGCGAACUGCGCUCCCAGCUGGAUGAUCUUAAUGGGGAGAAGUCCCAGCUCCUCAUCGAGAGAGAUAGCAUCGAUGAUGACCUCCAGAAGCUCAGGGGGAAAUAUGAAGAAGAGUUCCGUGCCCGUGAGGACGCGGAGGCCACUCUCAAGGCUUUCAAGAAAGAUGUGGAGGACGCCACCAUGGUGCGUUUAGACCUGGAGAAGAAGGUGGAAUCUCUCCUGGAUGAAAUCAGCUUCCUGAGGAAGGUGCACGAUGAGGAGGUGGCCGAACUCACGGACAUGAUCCAGGCCGCUCAGGUGUCUGUGGAGAUGGAGGUCGCCAAGCCGGACCUGACCUCCGCCCUCAAGGAGAUCCGAAGUCAGUAUGAGUCCAUGGCCUCCAAGAACCUGCAGUCCGCCGAGGAGUGGUACAAGACCAAGUUCGCCGACCUCUCUGAGCAGGCCACCCGCAGCAACGAUGCCAUCCGGGCUAGCAGGGAGGAAAUGAGCGAGUUUAGGAGGCAACUGCAGUCCAAGACCAUUGAAGUUGAAAGCCUGAGAGGCACUAACGAGUCCCUGGAAAAGCAGCUCAGGGAGAUGGAGGACAGACACGGCGUGGAGAUUGGAAACUACCAGGAUGGCAUAGCAGAGUUGGAGAACGAGUUGAGGACCACUAAAAGUGAGAUGGCUCGUCACUUGAGGGAGUACCAAGAUCUGCUGAAUGUCAAGAUGGCUCUCGAUAUUGAGAUAGCGGCAUAUAGGAAGCUGCUGGAAGGCGAGGAGACCCGCAUAGGGACAGGGAUCACCUAUUCCAGCCCAUCCAUUACUUCAGGCGGUGGACAGAGCUACAACUAUCAGUCCCGCAUCUACACUAGCUCUGGCAAGGGCUCCAAGAGGGAAGGCAAGGAUGAGAGCCAGCCACAGAGCAAGGCUGGGAGCAAGGCCACUCACGAGGUUUAUGAGGAAACAGUGGUCACCACUAAAAAGGUGGAGAAACAGCAAGAUGCUAGUGAUACCUCAACCAAACAGAAUAACUAGAAGCCUAGUGUAAGCCUGCUAGACCACUAAACCUCCACCCCCUUCUUUGAUCAUUUUCCAUACUAAUAAAAAUCCACUUACAUCACAGGGACCUAAGAUGCUAGUUUGCCUUCUCGUAAACCUCUUGUAUUGAAGUGUCGGUUUUGCAGAUAGAAGUACAAUUCGGGAUCCAGAGGUUAAUUUCAUGAUGCUUUCAGUUUCCCUUAAAUACCACACGUAUCCCCCAAAGGAAAGCAUCAUACCAUAAUUCCAUUAUAUCAGUCACUCUAUUCAUUAAUUCCCUUUAGUUUGUUUGUCACUCCCCGAGAAGAACAAGCUCUUAGGCAACACAUGCUAGAACCGUGGUACAGUACUCAAUUUCUUCUUCACACUUGCAUCAUACAGAUGCACACAGUAGAUCAUAACUGGUCAAACACCACUACCACAAUCACGAGACAAAAAUGUGUGCAAUUACUUUGCAUACUUAAAGGACAAAUGCUUUGAACACAUCACCUACAUAAGAUUAAACAGAUUAGCAAGAAAGCACAGACAACUACAAGAAAUCAUUCCGAGGUUAAUAACAAUGUACGAUUGGACCAAAGAACUAGCUUGUAAUAUUGCCUAGUUGACUCAAUCAAUACAAAUUUCACCUCAGACAAAUUUUCCAAUCAAUAUUGGAGCAUCAAUUGUGUCUGUAAGGCAGCAACACAAAGGUGGGUGGACAUCCUCAAAGGAACACUGCCCUUUCUUACUUCUUGAAUAAUAGUGAUAAUAAUAAUAAUAGUUGUGAUAUUUAAUCAGCAAAAAAGAAAAGUGUGUAAAGCGAGCUUAAUUUGCAUGGCGUAUCUAGUUGUCAAUCAUCCUGCUCCAUUGCUCAUUCAGCACAGUGGCUGGAUUUAAGGGCGGGGCUCCUAUGACCCCCCUACCAGCCUCCUUUGACCAUGCACAACCUCAUCAUGCAAAGCAUUCAUUGAUCACUGCACUGCAGAUGGUUUGUUAGCUUUGUAGGAUAUAAUCAUAAAGCCUGUGAAUCUAAAAAAAUGUGAUGAAAAAGAAAAUUCAAACAAAAAUAAUGCACAGAAAAUUGUUUGAUAAAUUACGCUUAAGCACAAAAUGCUAACUGUACGAUGCACCUGAGCGAUAAUUGUACCGUGCGUAGCUCCAUUUCUCACAAUUCCUCACAUUGAUGAAUAAAGCCCAUUUUGAACCCACAAUUUACUAUAUUACAGCCUGAAGACCAAACUUUGCAAGGGGCAAUUAAAAUAAAGCCGCCAUACAGCCGAAAAGCACCAGAUUGUUUAAAAUGUGACCUUUCUCUUUCACACUUUGGCCAUGACUGGAUAAAAAGUCUGUUAUAGUAUGAAUCCACAAGUAGAAAACUGAUUGAGUGAGCCACUUUUUGCUCACUUUUUUUGCUCGCUUACUACCAGUUGAAUUAAACACAGCAAUGUUAUUCUUAUGCUAGUCGCCAUGGCAGACCGCGCCCUGACAAGCUGCACUCACACAGAAUGUUCUGGAUUGGCUUGUUAUAUUUGUGGCUUGGGAACAGUCGAUAUGUUAGUACAGUACUGUAGAGAGUGUGUAUUUGUAUCGCUAUGCAGUGGCCUAUCCUAAAAGGACUUUGGAAGAAAAAUGUCAUGAGCACAUAUUACAUGUAUGUUUGCUGCAUUCCAGAGUAACAAAAGCUUUUAUAACCACACGGCAAAGAAAAUAAAAAGUCAAGGGUUUCUAAAUAUCCCACCACUACAACACUGCCAAAAAUAUCACAUGUGCAGCACUAGGUCAUGGCAUGACAUUACAAACACAAGGAUCAAUAUUUUGCCAUAGAAUAAAUAACAUAGGAUAUAAAAUGCCUUAAAACACCAGCAGCUUCGUAUCUGACCAUGUGCAUGGUGCAGAUUUUGUCCAGUGGGGUGUUUGAUCAUUUGCAUUUAUUUAGCGCUACCAUGACAAGUAAAGUUUAGGGAUUGAAUGUUGCUGAUAUGUUACUCUUGUUAGUAUUUCAACUUGCUCUGUAUUGCUGUGAGACACUGUGUCAAUAAAGAUUUGACAUUA